GGCAGCUCAUGGCUGCUGCAUGAGGCUCUCUGUUGGGCGUAUUUUGAGAAAGCAACCAACGAUCAACGCGAUGUCAGUCAAUUUGUUGAAUUAAUGUAACGUAUCUCGCAUCCAAUUCGAUACCCACCGUAAAUGGUUGUGACAAAUAACGCUGCCUCAUGCAUACGUCAGUGUUGUUGGCGGCUUACUGUCGAAGGAGCACGCCGAAUCUCGAAACCCACGCACGUCCUGUUUCCAGUUACAGCUGGCUGGAUUAGUGCUGAAGAUGCUGAAGUUGGACUUUUUUUUUUUUUAGUUCUGAUCCAAUAUCUUUUUCUUGCCCGACACAAUCAACAUCCUUGGAAUGUUGUUCGUAAUUAGCGUUUCAUUUCGGUUUGCCUUCGCAUUUUCCAGGACAGCUCCGAAACGACAUCUCAUUUACCGGGACAAAAGGGGACAAAGGAAAGGAUGGGGACGGUUCCUCGGUUGUUUUCUCUUGUUGCAGUGUAUUCUGUCUUUCUUUUUCUAUUUUUUUUUUUUGGUUUGCUAAAUACAGAAGCGUCUCCAUUCGCUACAAUGUCGUAACUCCCGCUGUCGACGCCAGGCAAGCUGCUUUGAGGCCGCGCUGGACCAAUAAGGGGUUCCAGCCCAUCAGUAAGCCCAUUUUUUUAAUGUUAACAAAGCAAAACAAAAAAAGUAUGCAACGCGCACGCACGCACGAUGAGCAUCGUUUUGUGUGUGUGUGUGUGUGUGUGUGUGUGUGUGUGUGUUUUUCACUUCGCCAAUUUCCGCGUUAUCCUUGCUGCAAAACCGUUGAGCUCGCGAGCUGCGGAAAAUGCGUGCCUACGAGAGCCCUGUGGCGUGUGAUUGUUUGUGUGCGUGUGUGUGUGUGUGUGUGUGUGUGUAGUAAUAUGAUGUUUUGGUGUCGGCUCCGCCCUCUUAAAUACAGAGAUUUGCGCGAUUGGGCCCGGUGUAUUAGCGCACGCACUCACAAUGGAGCACACACACACACAGCCAGACAAGGUAAGGGGUGGGGGACAUGCAAGGGGAGGGUAUGGUGGUGUGUUAGGCCUUUUGGGAUUCAUCCCGCUCCCAGUUGACGCGGCGAGGGCUAGCAGGAGGAUGCUGCAACGGCGGGAGAAGGUCACGUCAUUCUGUCGCGCUAAUCCUUCGCCUCGAGUCCCGCGUCGUGAGCGAACGAGACAGCGAGUGAGAGCGAGCCCGAGCGAUGGUGAGAGCGCCUGUCUGCACGAUCUUGUUUUUUCCCUUUUUUUUUUGGUUAGAGCGACGACGGACUUAGAAAACCCCUCGUGAUCCGCUUUUCCCGCUACAUCUCGCUCACUCUCUCAUACGCGCGCACACAGCCACAGCAGACUAAAAAAGCACACCUCCUUAGCCUAGUUUUGGUGCGAGCUACGAGAUAAUUGCCGUCCCGUUUACCCGCUCGCAGCCUCUCGCCAAACCCCUGGAAGCAGCCGCGAGCGGGGCCACGAAAGGGGCAAGCGAGAUCCGAGGUUCGGCGCACACUCUCCGACGCACCUCAGCCGCUCUGUGCGUUAAACCUCGCUCUCCACCUCACUCGCUCUCUCUCUCUCUUUCUUUCCAUCAUUCACGCGCGCACGUUCUCUCACUCGCUCGCUCGCGCGCGCUCUCUCUCUCUCUCUCUUUAUCUAACGCACACGCCCAAAGGCACGGGAUAAAAUGAACACAGUCCCUGCAGUCGCUCGCACCCCGGGCGCAUAUCUCACUGCGCUAUAGCUCUGUUUCGCUCCUUUAAGGUCGUGUAGAAACGAGUAGGAACGGGCCAAGCAGGGAAAAGAAGGAAGGAGGAUGAGAGAUAGAAAGGGACAACACACACACAAUAACAAAAAAAAAAUCCAAAAAUCCUCACACAGUCGAAAUUCGUCAGUCGCCGGAUGAGCGAAAAGCGUUUUACGCUGGCAAACCUAUAAUUAGUCGAAACGUGCCCGUCGUCGGUUUCGCAUUGCCUUCUCUCUGUCCGCAGCAGCAGUACUGGCCGUUCGCUUUUUUUCUUCUGUCGCUACAUUUGUGUGUGUGUGUGUGUCCUACGAGCACGCAUACUUACGUACCUUGCUGGCGAAGAGACUAGUGAAUAUACAUAGACACACACUAACAAGCCCUUGUUCCGUCCUAGCGGGUGUGUUGCGGGUUGAAUUAUAUUGGCGUGUGUGAUUUUGUGUGUUUUUUUCUCCACUUCAACCUUGUUGUGAUACACUCAUAAGUGGAUCAUCCCAUUUCACCACUACGCGAAAGACUAAAAAAAAACAGUAAAUCGACAAAAAAAAGUGAACAUUACCGUGAUCGAUCCUCAGCCGCACCUUGGUGUACUAGGAAAAUUCGCCAAAAGAAAAAGAAACAAAACAACAACACAAAACCAUGUGCGGUGUAGCGUCUCGCUCGCUGUUCCCCGGAAUUUGGGUGGCUGUGUGAACAAAAAGGAGCCGGUCAAUGCUCGUGCGUUAAACAAAAAAAAGAAAAAAGAAAAAAUAGUGUCCCAAAAAGAACACCAGCGGCAGAAAAAGAAUGUAAACAACGAUCAACGACGCACGGGGCAAAAACGCACAAAAAAAAAGAAAAAGAUAAUCAACCUCACCCACUAUCAAACACACCCGCGUGUGCCAUCCCGUGCGACAAUGCUGUGCCUGUGCCCGUCCGUCCAUCCGUGUGUGUGUUUGUAUUAAAUGUGCGUUUAAAUGUGUUACAACCGUGAUUAGUGUCGAUCGACUACCGCAAAAGGAAGAAGGACCACUAAGAGAGAGGGAGAGAGAGAGAGUUAGAGCGGGAGCGCGUGAAUGCGGGGCAAAGUAGUACGUGCGUGCGUGUGCAAACGCCUUUUCAACGCCCUCCCCCUUAACGCACACAAACACACACACAGUGCUUCCUCCUAGCCGGAGGGAGGUGUUGAUUUUUGUUUUAGGGGCGAGAGAGAAACGAAACGCACAACCCGACGACCAAAAAAGUAAAAAUAAAAUUAAAAAAAAAAGUACACCCAUCCCUCCAAUCUCUGCGAGUGCGCGCGCGUAUGUGUGUGUGUGUGGAAAAGAGAUAGAAGAAGGACACAGGGGCACAGGAUUCUUUUUUGUAUUUUUUUUUUCGUCGCUGCUCUGGCCCAAAAAGGGUCUGGGGUUGUGCGUACGCACGAAAGCGCGUCCCGAUUGCCGAACGGCCCCGAACCAAACGCCUCGCAAGAGUGAGCGAGAAGGAGAGAGUGUGUGUCGGAGCGAGAGAGAGAGAGAGCGCGCACAAGGGCGAUCGUACACGCGGGCAAGCUGCCCGAGAGCGAGAGCGCUACUACCCGGUGCGAAAGAGAGAGCGCGCGCGAGUGAACCAGCAACAGCGAGAGCGAGAGCGAGCGCGGGCCCCGAGAGCGUGCGAUGCGAGCGCGCGGGUACCGGCAGCAGCAACUAAUGAACGCCGUUCAGUGAGGCCUUAAUAAUAGUGUUUAGAAGUGGUUAAUUUCGGCUUCAACCGCUCCGCAAGGCAGGUCACAAAAUAUCGCACCAAGCAGCAGCAGCAGCAGCAGCAGCGCCUCAUCAUCAACUUUUCGGGUCACCACCGUUUGGAGUGUUUGGAGUUGUUGGAAGAGCGAAGCAAAAAAAAAAGCCCUCCUUUCGGUGUUGUCGUCGUUGUUGCAAAUUACGUGCAAAGCAACGGCGCUUUAAAAAAAAAAUAGGUGGGCGGCAGGGGAGUAUACGUGCGUGCCUGUAUGUGCAUGUGUUUUUAUCGGUCCAUGUGUCGCCACCCCCUCAACCCGUGUGUGUGUGUUGUCGGCCGUAUGUGCAUUUGUUAGUGUUUUCCGGCGUGCUUCCGGUUCCGUGUGUCCUGUCCCGAUCCAGUCGACACCAAAGCUCCUUGUCGCGUCUGUGUGUGAGUGUGCGGUAGUGUUUUGCAGUGUGGCAACGGGCAAAUGUGUGUCAUAGGGCGCAACCGAAACUGGAGCUAAUAACCCACCAAUCAAACUAACAACCAAAACCACAAGUCGCCGCGAAGGAACUUUUGCCGCCCAAAGCAACUGGAGGAAGGGCAGUGUUACAUGUAACAUGCCGAUAAGUGUGGGCAGUAGUAGGAGUAGCAGUUUGUCAGCCCCCCGUUUAAUGUGUGCAAUUUAACGCCCCCGAAAGCGACGCGCGCACCCCAAAAACACACACACACAAACGGCCACAAAAUGAUGGCAUCACCCAGCUUCAUGACGCAGUAUCACAAUCACCAGUGGAACAACGGCACAACACAAAGUCAGUUGUCAGCCUUGAACAUCCUGCCAUAUCAGUAUCCGCCGCAGCCACCGUCGGUAAGCAGCCUCGGCUCGGUCGCGUCCGUCGGUUCGGCCGGCCUGUCGCCCACGCAGUCGAUCGCGUCCUCGAGCGGGGCGGCCAGCAACAGCAGCAGCUUCAGCGCCGUCGGUGGCCCCGCCGGCGGCCCCACCCAUCACGGGCCGGCGGCUGCGAUCGCGCUCAGCACGGCGGCGGCCGGCGGGGGCUGUGGCGCCGGCUCCUCCAACACGGCCAGCCCGGACGUGACGGUGACGACGGCGGCGGCGGCGGCGGCGGCCGCUGCGGCCGCCUCAAGUGCGGCCGCCGCCUCGUACGGCUUCGGGAUGGUGCAGCAGUCCGGUGCGCUUGAGAUGACCGCACGACCGCAAGCAAUGCACUACCCAUCGUACGCAUCGUACAGCCCGGCCAGCUACUACAACAACGUCAGCAUGGCGACCAGCCCGUGGUUCGCGCAGGAAACGAUGUACGGUACGGCGGCCGGCUGGCACGGGGCCGCGGCAGACGCGUACGGCCUCAAGCUGGAGGAGUACUCGCACCAGACGCAGGCCCAGCGCCGCUGCGCCCGCUGCACCUGCCCGAACUGCAUCAACGAGCUGUCCGGGCUGCCGCCGGUCGUCGGGCCGGACGAGAAGGGCAAGCGGCAGCACAUCUGCCACAUACCGGGGUGCGAGAAAAUCUACGGCAAGACGAGCCACCUGAAGGCGCACCUCCGGUGGCACACGGGCGAGCGGCCCUUCCAGUGCAAGUGGCUGUUCUGCGGCAAGCGGUUCACGCGCUCGGACGAACUGCAGCGCCACUUUCGCACGCACACGGGCGAGAAGCGGUUCACGUGCACGAUCUGCAGCAAGAAGUUCAUGCGCAGCGACCAUCUCGCGAAGCACGUGAAGACGCACGAGAACAAGGCGAAGAAGAUCGCCAAACGGUCGGAAAAGCUGGAGGAGGCGAAGCAGCGGCGCGAGGAAACGAAGCUAAAGUCGCUCGAAACGGCGGCGGUGGUGGUGUCGGUGGGCGCGAGGAAGCUGCCGGCGGUCAGCAGUAGUGGCAAGCUGCCGCCCGCCAAGCGGCCGAAGCUCGCCGGCGCCCGCGAGGAUACCGCCCGGCGAAGGGAGGACGACGCGACGGAGAGUGGUAGCUUGGAGCAAGGGCAGCAGCAGCAGCAGCAGCAGCAGCAGCACCAUCACCACCAUCAUCUUCACAGCAGCCAAACGUCCGCCUCGACCAUGCUGGAGGACAUCAACGCCAACAUACGCGUACCUGAGAUCAAGUCGGAGUAUGGCACGACCGGCGGUGGAGGAGGCGGGAUCGGUCUGCUCAAUGUCCUGACGCCGCCUCCGACCGGCAACUCGCCCACGUCGUCGAGUACGGCUGCGGCGGCCGCCGCGGCCGCUGCCGCUGCCGCCGCCGCCGCUGCCGCGUACCAGAACUACCACCACCAUCACCACCAUCACCAUCAUCAUGCGGUGGCGGCCGCCCACCACCAUCACCACGCGUCCUACUUCCAGAGUCCCUUCUUCCAGGCGAGCGCGGCCGAUGGUGGUGGCCCGGUUGCGCCCGGGGGGAAGAGCCACUUUGCCAGCUACGCGGACGGUGGCAGCUUUCACGGUGGUGGCGCCGGCAACAACCUCCGGUCCGCCAUGGCGUCCUCGCUGAGCUGCGACAGCAAACCGGGCGUGACGGCGGCGAGUCAGCGAAGCGCCAGAACGACCAGCAGCAGCAACAGCAACAACAACAACAACACGAGCGGUAGCAGUAGUACCAGCAGCAGCAGCAACACCAGCAGUGCCAUCGCCGAGCUCAGCAACAGCCUGGUGAAGCUGGAGGAGUACGCCAACGGGCACGGGCUGGGCGGCAGCCGGAUCGAAGGAGGGGGCGUCGCGGCGGCCACAUCCGGAACGGGCGAGAGCGACGGCAGCUCCAGCAACAACAGCAACAACAACACCCUCAACAACCACGUACUACCUCAUGGGGCGCAGCUGUACCAGUCGGCGUCCCACCACUACCAUCCUUACGCGGCAAUGAAGGCGGCCGCCGCCGGUGGAGGUGGUGGUGGUGGUGUCGGGAUGCCAUCGUCCGCCUCCUACGGAAGCAUAUCGCCGUACGAGCAGGAGGGAGGAGGUGGAGGAGGAGGCGGCAGUCAACAUCACGGAUCAUCGUCGGCCUCCACCUACAACAUGAUGAUGAGCAACUACUCCCUGCAUCAGCACCACCAGCACCAUCAACAGCAGCAGCAGCAGCAGCAACAGCAACAUCAUCUUCAUCAUCACCAGCAACAACAGCACCAGCAACACCAGCAACAGCAACUUCUCAAUCAACAGCAGCAGCAGCACCAUCAGCAUCAGCAACAGCUGCAGCAUCAGCUACAGCUCAACCUGACGUCACAGCCGGCCGGCGCUAGUGCAGGUACCACAACGAACCCUCUGUUCAAGUAAGUCUUCAAGUAGGCAGGUCUCCUUAACACACCACCAGUGAUAUCAGAGAGAGAUAGAGAGAGAAAGAGGAGGGAGUCAUAUGAGAGAGUUCUCGAAGGUUCGUUUCCUGCUGGAAGCCCUCUAGCGUUUGAGGACUAAAGAAAGAGAGUUUGAAGGUACUACUAGACCACUAGAGCUCUCCACUCUUACGCUCAGCAGAGUUGUGGCUCAGAGCUAUGUGCUACUAACAUCACACACGCCGGCUCCCUUGCUUCCUCGACCUCGAACUCGCCCUCCAGCUACUCUACCAGCUCUAGUUAACGCGUGUGCCCUCUCAGGGACUUGCCAAUGAAUGUUCAAUUUUCCACAAAACUUAAUUCUCCCAAAGCGCGCGCGCAGACACUUACGUUGGCGCUUACUAACGCACAAACACUGCUCCAAAGUCGCUGGCCGAGCUUCAAAUCAAGAAGAUAGCAGACAACAACAGCAAACACUCCUUUCCACACAACAAGUGUUCGAUACAAAUAAUUUUGUUCCCAAAACAAUAGAAUAAAUGCACUCACACACACACACAAACUGCUUUGAAUGCUUGCGCUCCUCGAGAAGUCUUCGAAAGUCCAGGCAGCGAGUCUGCAACUGCCAUCCAUGAUGGUGUUCGUGUGUACGUGUGUGUGUGUGUGUGUGUGGGAGGGCAAGUGUGAAAUGAAUUGUAAAUAAAAUCCUGUACAGAGAAGAACUUGCGACGUUUUUUUAGAGUGUUAAGUGAAAAAAAAACAACAAGAAAAAUCUCUUGAACGCGCUCUUUUAGCGAAACGAAAGUCGUGGGAAGAAAGAAAGGGCUCUUUCUCUCAUUAGUGGUGGCAAGGUUUAAGGGUCUAAAAGAUGCGAUAAAAUCUCAGUGCAAAUUUAUUAUGUUUUUCGUGUUCCAAUCAGCAAACGCGUGUGUGUACAGUAGGUCGAAAAGUUUGUAAUGUUCGUACAGAAUUAAAAGUAAAUCGUGUGCGUGUGUGUAUGUGUGUGUGUGUGUGUGUGUGGGAGGUGAUAGGCAGAAGGAAUGUUUAUGUAAAAAGGGCAGGGCAGAGCUACUCUAACCUAAUACGCCUCAGAUAUUCUGACGGUUUUGUUUUCCAAAGAAAUAGUGACGUUGAGGCAAAAGGGUCCGGUGCGCAAACUAAAACAAAACAAACGAGCAGCAAGAUCGAUGCAUUAGAGCCACACACACACCCACACACACACACACACGCUGUAAGACAGAGAGCGAGAGAUGGUCCUUUCAGUUAUAAUUAAUAAAAAAAUCAUGUUGUACAGAGAAAAAGGAGGAAGCCUAGUAAUAAGAGAAAGCCGAAUUCGAACACACAAAACGGUUAUAUUUAGACGGCAAACAAACAAAAAACGGGGUGAAUUACUUUAAAGUUUAUCUUAUACAUAUAGACUAUAUACAUAUAUUUAUGGAAUCACUUCCUCCAAAACCAACAACAAAAAACCCCUUCCUCAAUCCCCUACCCCCAUCGUCCCUUAGAGAACAAACGGUGAAAGUGCGCGCGCGAACAAACGUAAACACUGGAGUUUGCAAAUAAAAACACGCAACAAAACCUCGUCACCUUACCCGGGAGUGAUUAUAUUCUCAAUGAUGAAAAAUAAUAAAAAUUACAAUUUAAUUUAAAAAAAAAACAUGAAAGCAAAUUACAUAAAAAAACACUGUGUAAACAUUUUGGUGGUGGUGGUGGUGGUGUGCGAAAACGUCCGAAAUGAGCCUUAAAAAUGACACUCUGUGUGGUUCUGCCGGAAGAUGGGACCGAUUUAAUGGAUUGGUUUGCUUUGCGGGACAGUUAAUGGGGCACUAUCAGUGUCAAGGAUUUGAUUCGUAUUUGUUUCCUACUUUUGUGUUUUCUGUUUUCUGUUUUCCUUUGCCGUUCAAAGUGCUCCAGUGUCUCUUCUAAAGCAUGGUUCAUUUAUAAAUAAGCGGACUUUGUUUCAAUUAUAGCGGUUUAUGUUUGCCCAAGUCGACUGUUGCGCGAGUGAUUUAAAAGUGUAAAGAAACACAGACGACUGGUAAGGUGCAAACUAAGCGACGGAGUGGAACCGUGAAUCAUAAGCUGCAAUUGAGAGUCGUUCGGAAACUCAAGGCUCAUCCAAGCAUCUCGGACUACGAUGAGGCCAAAAAUCUUAACGCCGACCGCUCUACUGUACGGCGAAUCCGACUCCGAGAAGGGUUUAAGUGUUUUCGAGCCAGUAAACAUCCAAAGCGAAACUUGAAACAACAAACAGUGGCCAGAACCCGGACUCGGAAGCUGUACGAUCAAGUGCCUGACCAAACCGCAUGGUUGCAUUUUGAUGGUUGAUGAAACCUGCGUGAAAGCCUAUUUAAAACAAAUCCCCGGGGGUAAAAUUGUACAAAGCCAAUGCUCGCGGCAAAAUACCAAGAGGUUUAAAUUUGUUUUCGCCGAUAAACUCGCUAAGAAAUUUAUGAUUUGGCAAGGAAUCUGCUCAUCUGGUGGCAAAAAAACC